AUGAGGUACGCCCUGCCACGGGAGCCGAGCAUGCUGGGAAAGAUCAGGAGGACCGAGCAGCGAAAGUAGGAGGAAAACGCCCCACCCAGAAUAGAUACAGCUGAAAAACACAUACAUAGAGCAUGACUAAUGUGUUUCCAAUUUUUUACUUUACCAAUUGACUCCAAACAGCGUUCAAUUGCAGUACCACAAUCUACUCACCAACAAAAGCAUAUCCUGCUAAGAACCUGUUUACAGUGGUCAUUGAGACAUUGUGGAAGAGCCCCACAAAUAAACCUGGAGGGGAGAAUUAACAAGACACGUUUUAAUACAAUGAAUUGGCCAAAUUAUAAACUGAAACAUUGUGAAAUCUGUCAACCCUCCCUGCACUGCUGACAGCACCAAAUAAUGCUCCCAGGAAGAAACGAGCAACUGGGAACUCCUGUGACUGACUAAAGAGGAACCGGUGGGCAAAAUCUGGCAGAACCCACCUACUGAACCUCUCCAAGGCUGUGACAAAACAUACACUACACAAACGGUAAGUACAUUGAAGUUGUCUAUGUGUAUCAAAUUGAUCCUCAGUGGCACAAACACCAACUCAUUAUCUGGAAUCUACUAACUGGAAUGUGGUGCUUUUUUUAUUCUUAGCUCACACAAUUUAACCAUCGUCACUGCCAUUAAAUAAUUAGCUGGUUUUGUAAUUUUGUAUCCACUCGUUUUUUACAAUCUGGAAGAGGGAAAAACUCCAUCUUGGUGACCUCAUAAUGAAACUUAAUUCUGUGGAGGCCUGCUACAAUAACAAUGACAAUUCCCUUGUGACAGACUUAGAAAUAAGAAAACAAAUCGUAUGUCUAUGGUGAUAGCAUAGCAUACAUGGUCUUCAAAGGUUCGUGCAAAGUGGCCAAGCAGCCAUGGAGUUUUUGAGGGGGGUCCUCAAGCGGUAAGGAAAUAUAUUGUACAAAUUGACAUUAUUGAAAUGCAUAGGCCUUCUAUAUCAUGUGGUCAUUGGUGAGUUUAGCCUAAAUAUCUAACCUUUUUGACAGGGUUCCCAGAUUCCCAAGGCGUCGUCCACGAAGCAAGACCAAACCUUUCCGUGAUCCUCGUCUGCGUGGGCUUGUGCGGAGUUUGGGCGGGUUUUUGUUUGGCCUAUUCCUUGCCUCUGUGUACGGAAUGACUGCACUGUUCGUACAGAACCAAGGACUGUGGUACUGCGUGUAUACCACGAUCGCCAUAGCUUUCCUCACAGCAUUUGGCAUGGGCCUCUCCAUCCGCGUGCGAGCGAAUGUAAUGCUCAUGAUGCCAAUGCUGUGUUCAAGUGAGUAGUCUACACCAGAUUAAGAUUAUUGUUUUAACUAUACCCCCCAAAAAAUGCAUAUGUGCGUUGAAAUGCACCCAUUUACCCAUUCAAAUCAACACUUUGGCAACAUUUAGACAGGUAGCCCAAUUCGGAUAUUUUUUUUCCACUAAUUGGUGUUUUGACUAAUCAGAUCUGCUGUGAAAAAAUCUGAUGUGAUUUCUCAAAAUACCAAUUAGAGGGGAAAAAUAUCAGAAUUGAGCUGCCUGUCUAAACAUAACCGGGAUUGCUGCAAACUGGAUAUAUUGUUUCCCAUGAUGGUGUAGGAAUUUGUAUGAGAAGGGAAAGACCACCUUUUUGUAUGAAACAGGUGGAGGUGUGUACUCGUCAUAGCCUACCUGCAACCAAUUAGAGCACACAAACAAUUAAUUCAAAUGGACCAAUAAGUUCACAGUUCUAAAAUCACAUGGUUACCGUGGUGUUAUGCUACUGAUGAUUUGUCUUCCACAGAUUGUUUGUUUACAUUUCUUCCAUUGUGGCUAGAUGGAGUAGGCCUACACCUCCAUCUAGUGGUUGCGUCGGGGACAACAAUUGUUGACAACUAGCAUUGUAGCUAACCCUCAUCCUUUUCCUAACCUUAACCUCAUCCUAACUUGUUACGUUAAUUCACCUAACCUGCUGCAUUAGUUCUCCUAACCUACCACUCUAAUUCACCUAACCUGCCACGUUAGUUAUCCUAACCUGCUAUGUAAACAAACCAUCUUUGGCUACAAAUUAUGAGUAUUACCACACCGGGAAUGAACCUUUGUUUGGUUGUAGUCCGCCAGAAAACCCCACAGAAGAAGAACAUAGAGGCACAGGCACCUCCAACCUGUUUACAUCUUCCCCGGUUUGAAAAGAAACAUUUACUAAAAAUAAAACACUACGUAGGCUAUCUUUCUUAGAGGAGUCGUGAGCAGCUGGUGACGCCUCCACGUUUCCUAGUAGCUCACCCACUGGCUCAAUCUCUUUAGGACAGUCCAUUUUGAGAUGCCAGAAGGGCUGGUCAAUUUUCUGUCUAGUGGGUCUGUCUAACUUGUUUUUUUUUUGUGUGCAAAAUGAUCAUGAUCUGGCUUAUAAUGAGAGCCUCAAGGGAAAAAAAAUGUCCGGUGUCGGGGCCUCGAGGAAAAAAAUGGUACCGGUCCGCCUCUGAGUUGUCAAAAGCAGUGCAGAGGUGGAAGAUGUCUAGGUAACUGCUGUUUGACUUGACAGGAAAAUAAACUAUAGUUUUUAAUCCCGGUGCUGAGCUUGUGUGUAGCAGCUAAUUGCUGUAGGCUAUGGGUGACUAAAGCUACAGCAGCCAAGGUGAUAAUGGCUGGAGUCAUUUUUGCUUGUUUUUGCUUAGCCAAAAGAACCCGACUAGACCUUCAUUCAGGGGUUAAAGUUCUCCAUCACUGCGACGGCUUUCCAUCAUAUGGAUUCUGAGAGGUCGUUUUUGAGAUCAGUGUAGGUCCUCAAUAACUUGAAUAUGGAUUCAUAGGGAUCACUUCAAUUUAAUUAAUUUGAAUAAAUUAGGGCAUAUACAAAUUAACAGUUUAAACAGUUAUUCAAUGCUAUUUGUGAUACAGUUUGCUGAUUUCCCAUGGCCAGCCAUCAUGAUUGGUUCUUGGUCCCCCCCUAGGCCACCCCAGAAAAAAAUCAGAGAAACGCCCUUGGGUGGAAGGAAUGGCCUACAAUGCAUUAGCCAGUAGGCCAACUUGUUCUGGGUAUCACUAAUGCAACUUUUUAUGAAUUUCCUCACAGUGAAGGGCAAGAACUUCCUCUUGUUCCUCAUCAUCUCCAUGUUGGUCCAGGGCCCCAUCACCAACACCCUGGAGAACUUUGACCGUGCAGCGGACAGCGUGGUGUGUGGGGCCGAACUGGCCAUGAACCAGACCCAGCAGCUGAUGGAGCUUGCGGCUACACCUCUUCUCUGUGAGUCCAGCUGUUCCAUAAAAUCACACAACACAGCUGUAGUUACACUCAUUAUACAUGAAGUCUCAAAUAGUUCACGCUAGCUUUUUUUUCUCAAUGGUCACUGAUCUGGAAGGACAUGGCAGGUGGAGACAAUAUGGCAGAUGACUCAUUUUACAAUACAAUUUCUACACAAUCUAUCUAAGUGUUCUGCAAUGUCACACACCCUUACAAGCUCCUAAUGUCCACUUGUUGCAGCUGUGCUGGGCAAGAUAAAAGAGAUCACCAAAAAUGUCCACUCUGUGGCUGGGAGGGUACAGAACUUAAUCAAGGCCCUGACCGAGUCUGUCCGCCAUGUAGGUACGUCUGUGGGCCAUGCUUAUUCUAACGCUGUCAUUAUUUGAAGACACUGUUAGUACAGUUACUGUAUCUAACAAUUUAACUCUCCAAAUGAACCCUUCCAUUGAUUUCUAUUCCCUCUGCCCCCUGUUACAGCUCGUUCCCUGAGAAACGUGUUACACUUCCUGGUCGGCAUUGGCGAGGUGUGUAAUGACAAACUGGGCACUCCUUAUAAGAAGUGUAACAAGCUGUUUGAUGAUGCCCGUGAUGACUGCAUGGAGCUCCUGUCCGUGUUCAACUUCCUUUGUCACAUUGUGGAUGGGUUCCGCCCCCUCUGUGGUCUCGCUCGAGGUUGGUUGACAUGUUGUUCCAUCAUACAGUAGAAUCAUUAUCCUCACUCACCCUUACUUACCUCAGCUGUCAGUAGUAGAGGAAGGGUAGCUGUUUGUCAUAGUGUCAGAGGGAUACAUUAUUGUCCACAAAGAAGCAGGUUCAAAUCGCAAGAGUAGAAACCUGAGAGGCUUUAGCACAUAUACAGCUGUAUCAAUAGAACAAAGGAAAUGUGAAAAGGACAUCAAUCACUGUGGAAGGUGUCUGUUGUUUAAUAAAUAAUAACAUAUAUGGUAGUGUUGUAGUUAGCUUGUCAUAUCUGUAUUGUCAUUGUCGCAGUCUUAGCUUAAGUUUUCUCUUAAAGAGCCAUUUUGAUGUACAACUUUGUUAGGGCACCUAACCAUUACAUAUUUUAUCUGAGAUGUUUGUUCUCUGUUUUUAAGUCAUUCCCAGCUAGCACAUUUGGUUCCUUAGAAGUUUUGGGAACGUACAUUUUUGGUUUCCCAUUGGUUGUGGGAACAAAGCCAUAAGGUUCCUUACUGUUAACGCUGAACGUUUUCUAAACCUUCUGAGAACAGAAGUGAACAUUUAGCCUGUUCUGGGAAGGUACAUUUUCAGGUUGCAGGGAGGUUCUGAGAAAGUUUUCCUAUGGUUCUCAGAACAUUGGGUUCCCGAGUGGCGCAGUGGUCUAAGGCACUGCAUCUCAGUGCUAGAGGCGUCACUAAAGACCCUUGUUCAAUUCCAGGCUGUUUCACAAUCCUGCUGUGAUUGGGAGUCCCAUAGGGUGGGGUAGGCCGUCAUUGUAAUUAAGAAUUUGUUCUUAACUGACUUGCCUAGUUAAAUAAAGAAAUACAUGUGCUAGCUGGGUUGUCAGUGUUUUAAAAUCUUUGAAACUCAGUUAAAAUGUUUCCUUUUUUCGCACCCAAGCCUGUUUUAUUUUUAUUUUCAUAGUAAUGGUGAAAAAUUGCUGACUACAAAUAUGUUAGCUCAUGGAAAAAUAGAUCACCCAUUGUUGUGAGGUUGACAUCAGUGUGGAGGUACAGCACAGCCCUCCUCUCUGGUAGCUCUGCAGUGCUCAGUGUUAUUCUUUAGCUUAGGAGGCCAGGGUAACUUAGGGGCCAAGGCCUGGUUAAAACCCUGCAGCCCCACACCGCUCUCAGGUUUCCUCUCACAUUCCCCAGGAGGAGCGCAGCCGUGAGUCCCUCUGCCUCCCCCCUCCAUCCAUCUGCCUCCCCUGUUUUCUUUUCAAAUUAAUUAUUGUUUCAUAUGCGCCGCUGCUCUCGGGCCAGCCAGGACCCAGCCAGGCACUGGUGACUUUUUAAUCCAAACAUGACCCAAGGGCCAGAGACAGGAGGAGGAGAAAGAAAGAGAAAGAAAAGAUCAAACACACUUCCUGGCCCUUGGGAGAUCUAGAAUGCUGCUCUCAGCAUAAAGUGAAUGGUGACAUUUCACUUUCUUGAACUAUGGGUCAUAAAUCCUUUAUAAUGCUGUUUUAUAAACCUGACAUGACACUUGCGUUUACUUUUAAUGACCGUUCACAAUGGUUUUUAUGAGUCAAUAAAUGGAGCCUGUGAUGCAGAGAUGCAUUUGUUACGUAAAUUAGCUAUAGGUCAUGUCAUCUGUAGGUAUGAGGACAGUAAUUCCCAAUACAUUCCUCUCAUUUCAGUUGGUCAGCUGUUUUGCAUCAUCCCUUCUUACAUUGUUGGCCACAUGAAGACAAAGAUUGCUGCCCGUAAGUAAAGUGCAGAGGUACAAAAUAAUAGUUUGUACUACUUCUCUUUUCAAAGGUAGAACAUUCUUCAAUACCAUAAUUCUACUGUAACUCCUUUUUGAUGGCCACACUAAACAGUCACAAAUGCACAGUGGCACAUUCUUGAAGUGCAUGUCUCCUUGCUCUCCUCUAGCAACCAUAGCAGCUUUCGAGAAGAUGAAGAAGGAGUUUGAGUUCAACAUAUCGGCCUCUAUGCACUUUGACAUGAAUGUGAACAGCAGUCAGUCGCUGCAGCAGGUGUCACAGGAUAUGAUGGAGGAAGUGUCGGUGGAGCUGGGACGUUUCCAGGAAGUGAUGGGGCUGCUAGCCUACAUAGGCCUCUUCCUUCUGCUGCUUAUGUACCUACAGUGAGUCUAUAUUCAUUCACAUGGGUCACGCAAACAAGGUUUGACAAGGAGCGGUAUACUCUAUACCAGGGUUUCCCAAACUCAGUGCUAGGGAAAAAAACAAAACGUGCACCGAUUUUGGGAAACUCUGCUCUAUACUGUGUGUGUGUUUUUAAAGGGCUGUCCUGUACAAACACAAGUACCUGCACCAGGAUGACUUUGACAACACUUACAUCACAGAGCAGUUUGAGGAGCUGGACCAGAGAUUGGCUCGAGAGGGAAAACCCCCUGUCCUACCGCUCAGCCAGAGAGAGGCCCGCACCUACAUCAGACCAUGUGAGUGGAGCAGGAAGAGAGGGAAUGCACAGGAAAGAGGAGAAGAAAAGAUAAAUGGAUUGUAGGGGGGAAGCAGUGUGGGUGUUGAGAGAAAAGGUAGGGAGUGAAAGGAUAUAGAAAAAUUAGAAAAUGAGAGAGAACAAAAAUAAAAAUAAAACGUCUAGAAAGGUGAAAAGAGAAAGUCAGUGUUAUGUCAUGUCAUGGCAGUGAAAACACCCACCUAACCUCCCCUCCCCCACACCCGUCUCUGUCCUCUAGUCUCAGUGUACCUGACGGCCAGGGAGCGGCGGACGGCUGCCCUCAGCGCAGUGUCCAUCCUCAGACACAUAGCCAUGGGAUGCCUGGUGGUGGCGCUGGACCUGGUGGUCUUCUGGAUGUUUGACCUGGUGCACCACCAAGCCCAGGGGGACAUUGUGGCUAGAGGUGACAUUGAGUCAGGCUACAGGAAAAUAGAUUAUGUUCGGUUCAAGGUUAUUUACUGUAAUAAAUACAUUGGAAAUAUUACUAGCCACCCUACCCAUCAGUGUACUCACAGGUGCAUGGUUAAAAACAGGAAUAGACGAGAGGUAUAAUGUCUGCAUUCAUAAUUGCUUCCAAAAAGUAUAUUUACCUGAAUGAAACCAGAAACACUGCAAACAAACCGAGUCUCAAAACAUGUUUGUACAGCAAUUUUGUUUGUACACAUUUUGUUUGGGCUGCUAUUUUGGACUUAGUUAUUUUAGACAUAAUUAACAGUUUAUGUUAUGAGAGUAAGUGGUUGUUCGGUGUGAUGAGUAACCUUGCCUGAAACCUGAAGAGUUGUCCUGAACAUCAGUUUACUCCAUUCUAUUCAGUACAAAGGAAUUAAACUGGACAUCAGUUUCCAAUUAAAUACUACAGUACAGAUUAUUCUAAUUAAAUUGUAUAUCAAACUAUAUUUGGAACAAACAACAUCAUCCAAGACAUUGUGUUCUCUCUUUGUGCUCUCUCUAGCACCCAUCGUAGUGGCUGUGGAAGUAAACGGCACAGGCUAUGCCUCUGACAUCUUCAAGGACAUAGUGGCUUCCUUUGACAUUCUGCAGAAGGGCAACAUCACUGUUCUCAGCAAGAAG